GCUGUCCUAUGCGCGCGGAUCUACACAGAUGGCUUAAAUUUGGCAGAGGUACUCAACAGAAUACAGGGUAUCCCCCAUAUGUAAACCUGACGCGCUCGAGUAAAUCCCCGAAUCCCCUCUUGGGCUCCCCUACUAUUAGUGUGGGCAACCGUGAUGUUUUUCAUCUCUGGGAAGAUAAUAGCUGCAAUAAUUUACCAUGAUUUAUAUCAAAAUGUCUGUAUUGGAUGUAUAAAUUCAGAAACACCACUGUCACUGCUAACACUGCGACGCCGGAUCUGACCCCUAUGCAAAAAAGCUUUACCAGUGAUCUUACACUCGCUGCAUCUAUUUCAGGCACAACAUUUCUCAUACUGAACGCUGUUUAUGGGCACUGUAUCUCUUUGAAAGUAAAAAUGCUCGGAGCAUUGUUUAUGAUUUUAGGAAUAUUCAUUGUAACGGCAAGCUUUGUGGAAGUUAACACAGACCAAUGGCAAGAACAGUUUUUUCUUAUCACACUUCUCACUGUAGUCAUCAUUAACGUGUCAUCGGCCGUAAUGUCAGGGGGAGUAUUCGGUGUUGCUGGACUCUUUCCAUCACAUUACAUGACCGCUCUGGUGAGUGGUCAGGCUUUGGGCGGUAUACUCUCCGCGCUAGCUUUUGUUUUAGUAUUAGCAUUCGGUGCCCCUCCUAAUGUUACUGCUUUGAUAUAUUUCAUUAUUGGUAGUGCUUUGGUAUUACUAUCCAUAAUUUGUUUUGUGAUUAUGUCGCGUCAGCCAUUUUUCAUAUACUAUUUUGAGGGUGGGGACAAGUAUAAAAUAUUGGCCGAUAUACCUUCCCAUAGUCGCAGUGCUGAUAUUGUAGUGCAAUCGGAGCCGAAUGUAAAGGAAGUCUUUGCUAAAAUUUUCAUUGAAGCAGUCAACAUAUGCCUACUAUUCGCAACUACACUUUCGAUUUAUCCAUCAGUUACAGUACUAAUGCAAUCGGAAAAUUAUGGCAGAGGACAUGCUUGGAAUGAUAUUUACUACAUACCAGUAAUCAAUUAUCUUUUUUUCAAUUCUGGAGACUACUUUGGUCGAAUACUGGCGGGAUUGUGGGAAAGACCGCGUGAUAACCCACAUACUGUUAUUUUGAUGACUGUGAUACGCCUGCUAUACGUUCCGCUUUUUCUUUGUGCAAAUAGUAAUGUACAUUAUUUUUUACCCAUUCUUGUACAUACAGAUGCAGCAUUUAUGAUAAUGAUUAUUACUUUUGGUAUAACUAAUGGUUAUCUGGCCAAUAUAUGUUUAAUUAUGGCUCCUAGAUCGGUCAUGCAACAUGAAAAAGAGAUGGCGUCUUCGAUUAUGGCGGCAAGCUUAAGUUUGGGUCUGGCUGCAGGAUCUUUACUUAGCAUGGCUUUUGUGCAAAUGCUUUAGCUCGCCAAAAGUGUAACUCAAACUUAGUGCUUUAUUAUAAUAUAAGCUUAUAAAUAAUAUCUAAAUACAUCCAUAUACCUGGCAAUAAGAAAUAACAGCUAAAGUAAAAGUUGACUUUAGUAUAAUGCAAAAUAAAUAUAAAUUUGUGACGUCUCUUUUGAGCGUCUUCAAAAAAUUAUCAAAUAA